UCCCCCUCUGUAAAAAAAUAAAAAAAAUUCGGGGGCGGCUUUAUCUGAUUUUUUUUUUAAUUCUCUUCUUUACUUUUCUGAUUCUCUCUCUGAAUUCGGCACCGACGCCAUGCCCUUUCCGUCAUCGCCAUCUUCUUCCUUCAUCGUCUUCCGUCUCUUUCGCGGGGAAUAAUUAAGGAGUCUUUUUUGGAUUUCUUUCUCUAGGAGAAUUGGCGUUUCUUGGUUGUCUCUUGAGCUGAAUAUUUUGUACAAUCUGGUCCACCAUCAUUGUAAGGUUGAAGCGAGGAACCCCUGCUGAUGAAGUGUUUACACGAAAGUUGAUGAAUUGAGGUGUUCCAGUAGGGAGACUGUUCAGAUUGCCUGAUGGGUGUAAGCUAUUUAGCGAUUUCAGCAGUGUCGACUGCUUUGAGCUUUGUAGGUCUCCAGUAUCAGGCAGAGUUUUCGUUGGAUAAACUACGAGCCAAUGGGUUAAUUGGUGAGGAUUCUGUUAAUCUAGAGAAUGCCAACGAUGCCCUGGGGUUGCUAUUGGGGUCUUAUGCCACCACUGCAUUGCUGGCAAAUUUUCUGUUCAACGUGUUUAUACUGCUCAACCUUUGCCUUAAGAGUAUCUUCUUUGCGGACUUGUACCCUUCUGAAACUCGGAAACUUGUAGAACGUCUUGUCAAUUAUGUUAUUUACAAGGGAACCUUUCUACCUCUGGUUAUUCCUCCCACUGUAUUUCAAGUUGGGUUGUGGUUGAUCUGGCUGACAAUUAUGUGUUCUUUGAAGAUGUUUCAAGCUUUGGCUAGAGAUCGGCUCGAACGGUUGAAUGCCUCUCCUUCAGCUCAGCCAUGGACGUACUUUCGCGUGUAUUCAGCAUUGUUGUUUGUACUCUCUGUUGACCUUUUCUGGAUAAGGAUAUGCUUCGGGAUUUAUAAAACAUUGGGUUCGCCCAUGCUUCUGUUGCUGUUUUUUGAACCCCUCAGCAUUGCUUUUGAGACAUUGCAAGUAAUGUUCUGGAAAGCUAUGUUAGUCCACGGAUUUCAAUUGCUUGACAUUUGGCUCCACCAUUCUGCUGGUGACAGUGCUAACUGUCAAAGAUUCAAGUUCUUUGAUACCCUCAGAGCAGGUUCAUUGUGGGAGUGGAAAGGCACUCUUACUCGAAAUCUGGGGUUUGCCCUGGAUAUGGCUACACUGUUAAUGGCACUUGGCCAUUAUGUGCACAUAUGGUGGCUCCAUGGGGUGUCAUUUCACCUUGUUGAUGCAGUCUUGUUCCUAAAUAUAAGGGCCUUGUUAAGUGCUAUCAUAAAGCGUGUAAAAGGAUUCACCAAACUGAGAAUGGCUCUAGGCGCUCUUCAUGCAGCACUUCCUGAUGCUACAUCAGAGGAGCUACGGGCAUACGAUGAUGAAUGUGCCAUUUGCAGGGAACCCAUGGCAAAAGCAAAAAGGCUUCACUGCAGUCACCUUUUUCAUCUUCCAUGCUUGCGAUCUUGGUUGGAUCAAGGAUUAAAUGACAUGUACUCCUGUCCUACUUGUAGAAAACCGCUGUUUCUGGGUCGAGCUGAAAAUGAACCAAGUCCAAUAAAUAGAGAAGUGUUAAGCGAUGAGCAGCUCGCUCGCGAGAUAAGUGAGCGCCUUGAUCGACCAAACAAUGCGGGGAACAACUUUCCUGCUGGACCAUUCCCUAACCAAACUCAGAACCCUAUGGAGGGAAGUUCUUGGAGAAGUGCAGGGCUUGAUUCAAGUUGGUUGCCUCAAUGGCCAAACCAGGGUGUAGAUGGAGGAGCCGGCCCCUCAAACAAUGCUAUGAGAUCAGCUGGGUUGGGGAGAGUUCAGAUGAUGAUGAGACAUCUUGCGUCAGUGGGAGAAACAUAUGCCCAGACUGCCCUCGAAGAUGCUGCUUGGAGCCUAUGGCCUAUGAAUCAUCCUUCUCAGGGUAUGGCAUCUGGUUUGCCACCCAUCCCACCAGAUCCCACCACCGCGGGAAGAUACCCGGGUGGGGUGAGUGGUGGAGGUUUACAUAUGAGGACUCCCUCACGCCCUGUAAACGACAACAUGGCUAACUUGCUUGCUAUGGCUGAGACAGUACGUGAAGUUUUGCCUCACAUUCCAGAUGAGUUAGUACUCGAGGACUUACAGCGAACAAACUCGGUUGCUGUUACUGUGAAUAAUCUUCUUCAAAUGUGAGAUCUUACGACAAUGGCAUGUUGGGGACGGAGCAAUCUUCUAAGUGCAGAGUGAGCAAAGAACCUGUCCUCCUUUUUGUAGUAUUACUUACCGAGGCAAAGCGACAGGUUCGCGCGAGUUCAGCUGAGCUCAGGGCGUUAGAAAAAAGAAAGCUUUUCAGUUUCUGAUUACUACAAUCACUUCUUUUUGGUUUUUCUCUUCAAUUGCCUUCCUUCAUAUACCCAAAUGCCUGGCGGUGUAUAUAGGUCUUGUGUAUCUCAAUAGAGAAGCGAGUUUGUGUCUGUUACUACAUUGCUUCUGUUGAAUAGGGAGCAAGAAAAUCAUAAAGGACCGAAGUAAAUGACCAUUUGGGAGGCAAUAAUAAGCAUCAGGGGGAACACAACACAGGUGGCCCUUUUCUGGCCCCUCUCACUGUCUCUUGGUGUUUCGAUACGAGCCCUCUGCGCGCCCUUGUGGUGUGCUUCGGCUGUCACUUCGGAGCUUUCCUUUCAUGGCCAGUUGGAAGCAGGGCAGGUUCUUGAUGUUAUUCUAUAGUACUUGCAAGAUAUGGUCUAAUGGAAUCCUGUUUUUCUUUUAUCUCUCUUGUCGAUGAAUGUGUCGCGCAAUUGGCCGUUUUCAAAUCUUGUAUGCGGGCAUCUGGUUUGGUAAUUUGGACCUGGCUUGUUUGAUUCGAAUGUUUUGGCCAGUCUAAGAAUUUUCCUUUCCUUUCAUUUCCCUCAGUCCUGCCUAGUCCUGGUGCGUUUUCGACCUGUGGUGUUCAAUCUGACUUGACGAUAAAGUGAUGGUCUCAUUUCUCGUAUUGUUCGUGAAUUGGUCGG